UCACGCCCGCCACGCCGUUCUGGGGUUUGGGGCGCUUUUCGCUCUCUUCCCGCCCCAUACUUCUUUCUCGAUGGAGCCCUUCUGACCGUCGGCAACUCCCGUCCUUUAGCUUCAUCGUUACUUUCUUCUAAACUUUCCAGCCGCUUCCUCCUCUCUCUUCCUGGCGAUCAAGCGGUAGGGUCUUGGAUUUCUCCAUGGCGGAAGAGCCCGAGGACCGUCUCAUUCGCCUUGAAGAAGAGAUCGAAGGCCCCCGUGGCGGCACCAAGGACUUCUACUUCUGCAUCAUUGGCGAAUCCGUCCCUCUGAAGCCCUUGGAUUCCAGCUUCGAUCUCCAGAACCCUCCGUCGCGGCCCCUGGCGGUCUCCGAGCGGUUUGGCGUGCUCUUCCUCGCCCACUCCGAAGGGUUUUUUGUUGCCAAGACUCAGGACGUCAUUGGGUUAGCAAAGGAGAUCGAGGAGAAGGGGAAGGGUCCUUGUGUUCAGAAUUCGAGUGUCGUGGAUGUGCAGAUUGGUAGGGUUUCGAUUCUUACACUUUCAGGGGAUUCUUCAACUCUCGCUGCUACUGUCGGGGGAGAGAUUCACUUGUUUUCUGUUCCAUCACUUCUUGAAAAGGAACAAGAUCCAUCAUUUUCAUGUUCUAUCAAGAAAUCUGGGAUUGUUAAAGACUUGAAGUGGCAAAAAAAUGCUGAGGAAUCUUUUGUUGUCCUUUCAAGCCAUGGCUCCCUAUACCAUGGACAUCUCAAGGACCAACUGAAGGACGUAAUGAACAAUGUUGAUGCUGUUGACUGGAGCGUGGAAGGUGAUUUCAUUGCUAUUGCAAGGAAGAAUACUUUGAGCAUCUUGUCAUCCAAUUUCGAGGAACAACUUAGCAUGUUGCUCUUGUUCCAGCCAUGGACCAGUGAUGCUGAUUCAGAAUGCACCAUAAAAGUGGAUUCCAUUGAGUGGGUGCGUGAUGAUAGUAUCAUUAUUGGCUGCUUUCGAGUUAAUGAAGAUGAUAUUGAAGAGGAUUACCUAGUUCAAGUGAUCACAAGCAAGGAGUGUAAAUUUACUGAGAAAGCAUCCAAGCCAGUAGUCUUCUCCUUCCCUGAUCUAUUUGAAGCUUUUGUGGAUGAUAUAUUGCCCACUGGAUCUGGGCCUUAUUUGCUUUCAAGUUAUUUGGAUCACUGGGGGUUUGUUCUUGUUGCCAACAAAAAGAAUGUUGAUGACCAUGUUCGGUUAUUGAAGUGGUCAGAAGAUGACAACACAAGGGAAGUGGUAUUCCUUGAAUUUCGAAAUGAUAAGUAUACUCCUAGGAUUCUUCUACAAGAAAAUGGCAAUGACAAUUUGCUAUUGGGGUUUGGUGUUGACAAAGUUUCUGUGUAUGAGAAAGUUAACAUACAAGUUGAAUUGCAAACUAUAGAACUGUCUCCACGCUGUAUUGUUCUGUGUCUUACUUGUGAAGGAAAGCUUAUAAUGUACCAUGUUGCAAGAAUUUCAGAACCUUCAGAUCUGCCUCAAUCCUCACUCCUUCCUACCAAUGACUAUAAUGCUGAGAAAGAGAGACUUUCUACCAAUGCUUUAUUAGAAAAUGAGUUACCCGCUACCACUUCAAGACCAAAGGAUGAUAUAGAUGGUUUAGUUUCUAAUGAUAAGUUGAAACAAAUAACUGCUGAAGCAUCUAUUUUAGAUACAGGUAAAGAAUUGACAAGUAUUGGAAACAAAGACAUAUGUGAAAUCAGGAGGAGAGACAGUAUGCCCCCUGGCAGGAAAGAGCAAAGUGGUGGUGGUUCACUCUUUGGGUUUGGCGCUGGACAACUAAAUUUUAAUCAACUGCCAGUGGAGUCACCUCAAGUCCAAGGACCUGGUUUGGCCGUAAGAGAUGAUGCCAAACCUGGCAUGCAGGAACUUCAUUUGUCUUUGACUGGAAAGGGUGCAAGUACUACUUCCAUGGUAGAUAGUAUAUCAAGUGAAGCAAUGGCUAGCAGGCAAGCUAGUGCUAGAAGUGUUGUGAAAAGCAGUGAGGCAGGUGAGGGGCCUUUCAGCUUUAAUAAAACGGAGGGGGUUUCAUAUGGAUCGCCAGCCAUUAGGAAGUCCGUUGCUGCUGAUGGUUUUAGUGCAAAAUCAUCGGCAUUAGUUUCUGGGGGAUCAGUUCCUAGUAAUCCCCAAGACAAGGCUGAGGUUGGAUUAAGAAAUAAAUCAUUGUCCUUUUCUUCAAACAACAGGCUUUCAGCUGAUCUUCCUUCUGGUGCUAAUUUGAAGGGCUCCAGUAGGGCAUCAUCAUCUUUGAUGUUCUCAUAUACAGCUGCUCAGAACGAAGGUGUUGCAGCCCCAUGGACUAAGACAGGAAAUGCUGAAACUGUGCCUACUGUUCGUAGCUCUGUUGUUAUGGAACAAGAAAGUUCUACGGUAGAUAAGCCAGUGUAUUCCAGGGUGCAACCUUCGCUUGACAAUGUCAGAACUUCCAAGUCUCCUCAGAUGUUGGACCCUGAGCCAGCGCUGUCAAAGGAGUUCUAUAAUGUGAAAGAUAUGACUAAGGAGCUUGACACUCUCUUAUCAUUCAUAGAACGAGAAGGUGGGUUCAGGGAUGCUUGCACUGUUUUCCAGCAAAGCUCACUUUUGGCAUUGGAGGAGGGUCUACAAAAUCUUUCAGCAUUAUCCUGCAUAUGCAGGAACAAAGUAGAGCAACAGCUCAUGGAGAUUCAGGAGCUUCGGAAUAAGAUGUUGCAGGUUUCGGCUCGGCAACUCUACAUGGAAGGCAUUGUUAGACAAGCUUCUAAUGGCCAAUAUUGGGGUAUAUGGAACCGGCAGAAGUUAAGCCCUGAAUUUGAACUGAAGCGGCAGCAAAUUUUAAAUGCAAACCAGAAUUUGACAAAGCAGCUUAUAGAACUAGAGAGGCAUUUCAAUUCAGUUGAAAUAAACAGAUUUGGUGAAAGUGGCAGAGUUCCUCCAGGUCGGAGAGCUUUUCACAAUAGCAUCGGGUCAUCAAGGCAUAUCCAAUCCUUGCACAGUGUAUACAAUACUUUGAAUUCACAAUUAGCAGCAGCAGAGCAACUAUCUCAAUGCCUCUCAAAACAGAUGGCUAUGCUUAAUAUAAACUCACCCUCUGUAAAGCGAGCGAGUGUAACGACAGAAUUAUUUGAAUCAAUUGGUCUUGCUUAUGAAGCUGAUGCUUUCCAGUCUCCCGAUACGAGAAGGAUUGGCCUUGCUUCAGAUUCUGGGAAGAGAAUUUCACCAUUAACAGUUACUUCAAGCAAUGAACAUCCUAGGAGAAGCACAUUGAGUGCUCUGAAGGGUUCUGAACCAGAAACUACAAGGCGGAGGAGAGACUCGUUGGAUAAAAAUUGGGCUAGUUUUGAGCCUCAAAAGACCACUGUCAAAAGAAUGCCACAACAAGAACGUUUAAGAGUCAAUGCAGACAACCCUUUCAGGAAAACCAAGAAAGAAUUUGAUUCUCAAAUGGAAGCACUUGCUAUCAUCCAGCAAAAAAGUAAUGGAAGUCCUGUAUCUUCUUCCUCAAUGUCAUCUACAGGCAAGUUUCAGUCCCAUGCAUACGCUCAAGGAAAUCAAGAAAAGCCACUAAAUCAAGCCUUCGAAUCUCAGUCAGGUUCUCUGUUCAAAUGGGCUAAGGAAUUGUCAGGGUCAUCCCAAACCCUGGUAUCAAAGUCUCAUUCAAAUCAGGAGAUGCAGAGAAGUACUCAACCAUCAACAUUGAUGGCCCCAUCACCACCACUGUUCAGCAAUGCCCAGAGUAAUGCAAAGUUUGAUUCACCUAACUGGGCAAGCAUUGGAGUGGCUCGGUUGGGGAGCCAGUCAUCUAGGACCGCCAACUCUGUCUCAAUCCCCAAAACAGUGUCUAAUUUUCAUCUAGGAACAUCUAUUCCUAUGUCAACUUCUUCGAUAUUCUCCAGCAGCAUAUCGCCUAUGAAGGCCACUUUAACAGUGGAGGCAAAUGAUCAAGCAAGCAAGAAUCUGAGCACCGGAGAGGACAAUCUGGCCAAGACAUUGCCAGGAAACAUGAAACAGGAGGCUUUCUCUCCACAAGGGUUGUCUGCAUCCUCAAAAGAAAGUAAUAUAUCAUCUCUUUCUUCUCUAUCUGCCAUCCAGUUUCCUGAUGCAAGCCAAAGUACUGCUCAAAUUGAGAAGAUAACGAGCAGAAUCCAGUCAACUGAAGCUGCUUCCACCAUUGCACCUCGGUCAAGAGCAUCAGUUUCAACUUCUUCCUUACCUUUUCCAUUUUCUGCUGCUCACACCUUGUCAAGUGUUUCUACAUCAACUGCACCAUCCUUAGCACCCACCAUAUUGUCAGCUGCUCCUUUCGGAGGAUCAUCAUUUAAAACUAAUUCCAUAGCAGAAACUAAUCAAGCAACUUCAGUAUCAGCCUCAACAUCGGUUGCUUCUAGUCAGUCUUCUCUUUCUUCCAAUCACUCUCAGAAAUUACUGUUUUCACCGCCUCAUACAUCACCUGCAGAUAGGGAACGCUCUGCCCCUUCACUUCCUAAUGAGGCAAACUCUCUAUCUGAACAAACUCCAUCACAGGAACCUGUAAUCGAGGUUUCAUCACACAUGAGCAGUGUUAGUUCUAAACUUGAAUUAGCUACAUCACAGACAAUUGCAAGCAAUGCUUCAGUUGGAUUGGCUUUUGAUAAGAAACCCAGUUUGGUUCCAGCAACCAGUGGAAGUGUGUUCCCUGCUUUAUCUAACACCCCACCUAAGACACAAGCUGACAUUGCACCUCCUGUGAGCAUCACGGCCACAGAAACCAAUGGAGACUACUUGGAUACUGUAUCUCAAGAAGAUGAAAUGGAAGAGGAGGCUCCAGUCACAAGUAAUGUGCUCAAUUUUGGAGCUCUUGGUGGGUUUGGGCUUGGAUCAACGCCACCUCCAAGUGCACCUAAAACCAACCCUUUUGGUGGUGCAAUUGUUGCAGCCAACACAAGCAUUGCAAGCCCUUCAUUUACUUUGACAGCAACUCCAGGGGAACUCUUCCGCCCCCCAUCUUUAAAUCUCCCAUCUGCCCAAUCAGUACAACCACCACAAUCAAUGAGUUCGGUUGCAUUUUCUGGAGGUGGUUCUAGUGGAUUCAGUGGUUUUGGACACCCAGCACAAAUUGGAGCUGGACAGCAGGCACUCGGAUCAGUUCUGGGUGCUUUUGGACAAUCACGACAGCUUGGUGCUGGCGGACAGGGUUUUGGUUUUGCUUCCGCAGGUGCUUUUAAUGGUGGAGGAUUUUCCACAGCUGCUACAGGAGGGGGUUUUGCUUCGCUUGCUUCUAAGAGUGGAGGGUUUGCUAGUGCCCCUACGGGAGGUGGUUUUGCUGCUGUUGCCCCAACAGGUGGUGGCUUUGCUGGUGCUGCUACAGGGGGGGGCUUUGCUGGUGCUGCUACAGGAGGGGGCUUUGCUGCUCUUGCUUCCAGCGGUGGUGGCUUUUCUGGUGCUGGUGCAGGAGGCUUUGCUGCUGUUGCCCCUGCUAGUGGUGGCUUUGCUGGUGCUGCUUCUACAGGAGGUGGCUUUGGAGGUGGUGGUUUGCCAGGAGGUGGUUUUGGGGGCUUUAGCAGCAACCAGGGAGGUGGUUUCUCUGCAUUUAGUGGAAACAGUGCUGCUGGAAGAGCCCCUGCAGAUAUUUUGACACAGAUGAGGAAAUAGUGGAAUCACACUUAGCUGGAAAAUUGUGUACAUGAAAAUAGGAUGUUUCAUAUUAUUAAUGGGCUUCCAUCUUGAUACACCACCUACUGUUCCUUGUUCGAAUCAAUAUCCUCUACAAGAAAAGCUAAAUGAUGCUCUUUUUUUUCCUCCAAAAAAAAAAAGUUUUAACUCUAUGAUUAUUGGAGGUAGUCCUUCUUCCUCAGUUUUAUCAAAGAAAGGAGCUUGAUGUCACGGAAGAAAAUUGAUGUGAAACUGUGGUAGAAAGCAAUAUUGUGUAAAUUUCAUAUAUUUUGGUCAUUUUCUCGGAAUCAUUUUAUUCGUCUGCUUCUUAGACCUUAACUAGUGUGUUUAUUUGUUACAUUGAGCUUCUUUUUUCGUAUGAUGGAUUGUAAUAUAAAUCAAAUGAAAUAUUAAGUUUGUUUUAUUUUUCACCUAAUGACUGACGGAGC